UUUCUCGCUCUCUCCGCCCGCCCUCCCGCUCCCUUGCUUGCUCGCGCUUUCCUCGCGGAUCGUAGAGACUCUGGCUACAGCUUGUGGCUGGGGAGGGAGACGGAGGCCGCAGCUCAGGGAAAGUGAAGCUGCAGUAGUGGUGGUAGGAAGAUGUCGGGCGAAGAUGAGCAGCAGGAGCAAACUAUCGCCGAGGACCUGGUCGUGACCAAGUAUAAGAUGGGGGGCGACAUCGCCAACCGGGUACUUCGGUCUUUGGUGGAUGCUGCCAGCUCAGGUGUGUCAGUACUGAGCCUGUGUGAGAAAGGAGAUGCCAUGAUCAUGGAAGAGACAGGGAAAAUCUUCAAGAAAGAGAAGGAAAUGAAGAAAGGUAUUGCCUUUCCUACCAGCAUUUCGGUAAAUAACUGUGUAUGUCACUUCUCCCCUCUGAAGAGUGACCAGGACUAUAUACUCAAGGAAGGUGACUUGGUAAAAAUUGACCUUGGAGUCCAUGUGGAUGGCUUCAUUGCUAACGUGGCUCACACUUUUGUGAUUGGUGUAGCUCAGGGGACCCAGGUCACAGGGCGGAAAGCAGACGUCAUUAAGGCAGCUCAUCUCUGUGCUGAAGCUGCCUUACGACUGGUCAAACCUGGAAACCAGAACACACAAGUGACAGAAGCCUGGAACAAAGUUGCUCACUCAUUUAAUUGCACGCCAAUAGAAGGUAUGUUGUCACACCAGCUGAAGCAGCAUGUGAUCGAUGGGGAGAAAACCAUCAUCCAGAACCCUACAGACCAGCAGAAGAAGGACCAUGAAAAGGCUGAAUUUGAGGUACAUGAAGUUUAUGCUGUGGAUGUCCUCGUCAGCUCAGGAGAAGGCAAGGCCAAAGAUGCUGGACAGAGAACCACCAUUUACAAACGUGACCCCUCUAAACAGUACGGCUUGAAGAUGAAGACUUCACGUGCCUUUUUCAGCGAGGUGGAAAGGCGUUUUGAUGCCAUGCCAUUUACUUUAAGAGCAUUUGAAGAUGAGAAGAAGGCUCGGAUGGGUGUGGUAGAAUGUGCCAAGCAUGAAUUACUGCAGCCAUUUAAUGUUCUCUAUGAGAAGGAGGGUGAAUAUGUUGCCCAGUUUAAAUUUACAGUCCUACUCAUGCCCAAUGGUCCCAUGCGGAUAACCAGUGGUCCCUUCGAGCCUGACCUCUACAAGUCGGAGAUGGAAGUCCAGGAUGCAGAGCUAAAGGCUCUUCUCCAGAGUUCUGCAAGUCGAAAAACACAGAAAAAGAAGAAAAAGAAGGCCUCCAAGACUGCAGAGAAUGCAACCAGUGGAGAGACAUUAGAGGAGAAUGAAGCUGGGGACUGAGGUGGGUCCCAUAUCCCCAGCUUGUCAUUCCUGCCUCACCCCCUUCCCACCGCACCCCAGGCUCUGUGAAGUGCUGUUCGUCUUCGCCACCCAAGACCGCCAGCAGAGCGGGGUCUUCUGCCCUCAUCCCAGACCCCCGCCCAUUCACCCACCCACUCUUUCCAACAAAAAACCAGCUCCAACUGACUCUGGUCUUGGGAGGCCAGGCUUCCCAGCCACUGAAGACUACUUUCAGUAGAAAAAGAAAUUGAUAAUAAAAUCAGGAGUCAAAAUGCACCGUCUUCAAGCCCCUCUUUCUGGCCUUUUUCUACUCUGCUUGGUCAAGGUUUGAGAGCCUACAACAGAACAAAGGAGGCUAAAUUGCCACCACCACUAGAACCUCUGCCGAAAUUUUUACGUCACCAGUGUCAUUUUCUUGUUCUUUUGGGGGCUUUUCUGUUUCCCACUGUCACCGAGAAUUUAAUCUGCCUUCAAGGAGGAGGACCAGUUGUAUUUUUUAUUCACCUGUGGCAGAUUCCUCGUGAUGUAGGGAAUCUGGUUAGGCCCUUCCGAUGGUAGAUGCUGGUGUCUCCAUUAAGAAGAUUCUUACCAUCUAUCAAAUGGAUUCUCGUUUGUAAACUUUGUAGACAUUUUUGUCUGCAGUGUCCUGCAUCCAUCCAUCUUCACAAUUGAGCAGCAGCAAUCAUCCCCACCCAUGUCUUUUGUUGUUGCUGGUUUUGCCCCCUCUCUGGGACCAGUGGGGUUUUCCUCAUGCUCCAUCGUUGAACCUACAUUGAAAAUCCCACUGGGUUUUUUUGUUGUUGCCUAUUUGAUCUUUUUUUUUUCUUUUGUCUUUUUUUGGUUUGAGACAGAUUCUCAUCAUGUAGCUCUGGUUGUCCUGGAACUCAACUAUGUAGACCAGGCUGGCCUCAAACUCAAAGAGAUCUGCCUGCCUCUGCUCCAUGAGUGCUGGAACCAAAGGCGUGCGCCACCACGCCCAGCUUCCCGUCUGAAAUAUUUUGAGUUCCCUCCCAUGAAAGAAAAGCCAGGAACCAGAGGAGUAGACUGAAGAGAACUGACUUUCAGAAGCUGUGGACUUGGAUGACUCGCUGGGGGUUAUAGAGAAAGGUUACAGUUUGUACCUCUGGCAUGCUGUCCCAGGGAACCAAGGCUCCCACUAACUUAAGAGGUUUUUGAAAUGACACGGCAUUUAAAAUAAAUUUGGAUUUGC